GUCCUAACCUAUAAAACCUGACAACCUGUGCAGUUUCGGAGUUGAGGUUAUGUCAAGCUUUGUACAAUUCAGUUUAGAUUUUCAUGUUUUUGUUUGGUUAGUUUCUCAUCCGUAUUCAAAAUGCUCAUAAACCUGAAGCUCUGAUAGUUAUGAGGCAUUUCCUUAAAAUUAUGUUGUGGUUACAAUCGACAUCUUUGAAAAUUGUUAGAGACAGUCGUUCUCUCGCCAAAGCUGUCAAGUCACAUAAUCUCCCUUUAUCAUUUCGUGAAUAUUGCAAGGAAGAUCAUUCUGUUUCAGGGCAAGGGACUUCUAUGAAGAUAAAUGAAGGCAAAAAUUAUCUGAAAAACAAAAUUGACGAUUUAGUUGUAUGGUAUGAACAAGUUACAGGCUUGGAUGAAGUUCGAUUUGUCCAAAAUAGGGUAAUUGAAGCCCAAGAUAGGCUUGUUGUAGCCCAAAAUAAACGAAGAGAAUCAAGUAAAGCUCUGUCAGUUGUUCAGAAUAAGUUAAAAGAUAUUUAUGCCGAAUUGGAUAAUACAACUCGAGGAGAAGAAAGAUACCUCCAACUGAUUACUCACGAACACGCAGUUCUCAAAGAGGAAAGGCUUCUGACAGAAGAGUUCAACCAAAAUGAAAGAGAGGAAAGAGACUGUUUCACAUUUCUGUCGUCAGCUGUCAAAGAAAGCCACGAGAAAGAGCGAGCUCAAGCUGAAAAGACUAAAUAUUGGUCUGUUAUUGGCUCAAUCUUGGGAACUAUGAUUGGUGUUCUUGGAUCGUCGAUAAAUAAUCAGUUCAAAAUGAAAGAACUAAGGAAAAUGGUUGAAGAUUCCCUCGAUAGCAAAGCUACUCCUGGGUCAGAGACGAAUAACUUGGGUAAUCUGGUGAAUGAUAUUCUCACAGCCAUCAAUGAUAUGAAGGCUCACACUUCUAACCUCAAAUCAGACAAAAUUAUUGACGGAACAAUCAUGCCUUUGAAUCUCAUUCAACAUAGUAACAAUUAUGAAAAUAUCGAAAAAAUGUUGGAUCAACAAAGACAUGAGAUGCGCGUCGGACUCAUAUUGGUAUCAACAAUCGCUAUUACCAUUCCACUGUUUAUAGGUAUUAUUCAGAAAUUUUCCUGACUGUUCCUAGCUACAAUAUGAAUGUACUCGAAACGUAGGCUAUUUGAUUUCAAUGAUAUUUGAAAUAUUGUUUUUAUUGAAUCUAUUGUAAAUAAAGUAUUGUUAAUAUUA